AUGGCAGUCUCUUCCAGGUAUAUGGUUCAUCCACCGCCGCCCACCCAUACAGUGCCAGCAGUGCCUGCGGAUCGUGUGUACAGCGUCGUGCCUCAGAACUCUGCCAAUCAGCUCGCCGCGCGCGUGCCUUAUCGUUUGCCCUCCCAAGGCGCCCCGGGCGCGCCCAGCGCCCCGAGCGCGGGGGCGCGGCGCCGCUUCCAGACGGCGGUGUCGGCGGUGGUGGCGGCCCAAAAGCUGGCGGACCCCCCGACGGUGACAGUGGUUCGCACCUGCGGGAAUUGGCUGCCGGGCUGGCUCUGGUUCCACUUCCCCAAGGAGGCUCCCCCCAAAGCGCGGGCGCUGCCAGCUCGGGCUGCUGCGCCGGCCAAGGCGGCCCCCAGGAUGCCGCCGUGUGGACGGCCGGCGUAUCCGAUGUUGAAGAGCUUUCCACAGAUUGCAGGAUCUUGGGACUGGAUCCGGCGGGAGAACGGGCCCGAGCAUCGGCAGAUUCGCGUGGAAGAGGCCAAGCAAUUGAUCACUGCACUUCAGACAGGUGGUUUCCUUGCCAUGACCGGCAACAAGCUGCAGACAUUCCGGUUCAACAGAAUCAAAGAGAUGCUGCAGCACACCCAAAGGCUCAGCAUCGCCAAGCGCCUCCCGAGGCUGCCGAGCAACCCGCGCCGGACGUGCCGCUGCGACUUUGCGCAGGGCACGGCGGUCGCGGUGGCCGUGGCCAGCGCGCGGCAGGGCAAGAAGGUGGCGGUGGUGAACGCUGCUUCUGCGUACCAUGCGGGCGGCGGUUUUAGCUCUGGAGGGCGUCAUGCGAUGGAGGAGGCUCUGUGUUCCCAGACCUCGGUGUACCUGUCGCUGCAGAAGGCGGCAGCGGGGGCCCAUGGCCAAAUGUAUGUGCCGGAGGAUGGCUGCAUCAUCAGCCCCAGAGUGGAGGUCUUGCGCCAGGGAAGCGCGGAGGGCUACCAGCUGCUGGGCUGCGUGCUGGAGCUGGCGGCUGUGAUCUCCGUGGCCAUGUUCAACCGCAACCCGCGGGUGCGCGACAGCCCUGUAGAUGCUCCGGAGGAUCCGGCCGCCUACGCGUCCGGCGUGCGGAAGAAGUUCCUGGCCGUGUUCCAUGCCGCGGCCCUCUGCGGCGCGGAAGUGAUUGUCCUACCGGACGUGGGCUGCAGCGUCUUCCAAAACGACCCCGCCGCAGUGGGGCGGAUCGCGGGCCAGGCCCUGCAGGAGUACCAGAGCUAUUUCUCCCAGGUCAUCUUCACUGGCUCGCACAGCUUUUUCCAGGCCAACGACAACGCGGAGCCCAUCGCCGUGGCGCUGGAUUUGGACACCAGCUUGCCCGCUGCGGAGGGGGAGGCGCAGUGGUUGCGGGAGCACAACGCUGCCUGGGUGGACCGCUGCCAGAGUUUGAGCUUGCAGCCCAUGCUGGACGUCUUGCUGAGGACAGACGCCGCCUUUCAAGCCUUGCUGUCCACGGCUCCGCCUGGGCUGAUGCCCACCAACGUGGAUGACUGCCUCAAGGAGACCCGGACGCACAUCCAAGAGCUCAGCAACCACCUGCAGGAGCAGAUGGCUUCCAUCGCAGAGCUGCAGGAGGAGAGCGCCGCCUUGGGGCGGACGGUCCACUCCCUGCAGGCGGCGCAGCAGUCCCACCGCGCGGAGCUGCGGCAGAAGGUGGCGGAGGCCAUGCGGAGGACGGUCGCCACCUUCGAGAAGCCAUUGGACGACAUGAGAUCGGGGCUGCGGCAACAAAGCCAGGCCCUGGCGAAGUCCCGGACGCAAGUUUCGCAGCUGCUGGAUGACUUGGCGGCCACCGCCCACCGCGCUGCUGUGGCGCAGGCGCCGGCCAAGGAAGCUCACGCUGCUGUGGGCCCCGAGUGGCAGGACUUCAUCAUGUCCGAAAUCCGGCAGGUGCGGUCCAUGGGCAAGACCCUGGUGGCGAACCUGGAGGAGGGCUGCAAGGCAGUGGAGAAGCGCAUGCAGCAGGUGAUGGAGGCGAUCUCCGGAGAGGCCAAGCCGAGGUGCGACCGAGCGAAGACGCGCGCCAUGACCCUGCUGCGCCGCGCCACACAGGUGGGUGCCCGUGGUGCUCGCAGCGCGAGCACGGCAGUGGUGGCUUCCAGCCAGGAGUCCUUCGCUCAGAAGACCUGGCGUUGGCUGGAUGUCACUGGCUACUACACGAAGUGGCACUCCCGCCGCGCCUGGAUUCUGGACUUGGAUCCGCCCCAGCGCUCCGCUGCUGUCCUCGUCACGGAGUAUGAACGCAAGCUGCUGCUUUGGCUCACUUGGAUGAACUUCUUCUUCCUUCCCAUCAGCGUUUGGUACUGGUACGGGCAGUUCACCCACCUCUCCUCCAAGCCUCCGAUCCCCUUGAUGCCCGAGUACCAGUACCUGAACGGGCGCAAGCGUGAUUUCUCCCACGUGGGCGGUCGUUGGCACGACUGCAAGGAGUGCCGCUGGCUAGAGUUCGAGUGCAAGAAGAUCUGCUUCGACAGGCUGCGCGAUGAAGGCCGCGAGAUCUGGGGCUUGCGCCGCCCGCGCACUCAAACCAUUGGUUUUCACUGA